CUAUACCUUUGGCUUUCAAUACUAUUAAAAAAAGAAGUUAAAAGUAAAAAAAGAAAGGAAAUUACCAAAAGUUUCAAAUUUUGAAUCGGACAGAUCCUUUCUUAGGGUUCGGUUCUUCGAUCCAUUGUCGCCAUCUUCAUUAUCAUCUUCUCUCUCUCUCUCUAUCUAUCUUCUGUGUGUAUGUGAUGUGUGUGGUGUGCUGCAUAGAUCUUUCAAAGCGUUCAAGUAAAUCUCCGUGAUUAAAUCAAAGCUAAUUCCCCGUUAAUGGAGAUUUGAUUAUUGCAAGUUUCUCGAGUGUUCUUGGAGUGAUGGACUCAGGUGAUCUUGUACCUGUGGACGGGCUUGAGACAACACAUCAAAAUGGUGUUCACGAGCAACUUCCUGCCUAUGGAGGGGAUGGCGUUGUUUCAGAUAAUGUAAAAGUGACUGCCGCUGGAAGUUCAGAGACUGCAGUGCCAAAUGGGAAUUUGGAGAAUGUUGCUAAGUUGGAUGCUGAUGCAGCUAUUAACUCAUCUACAGGGGAAGUCAAUGAGGGAUCAGAUGUUCCCUCCACAUCUAAGGACGGGGAAGUGAAAGACGCAGAUCAUUCAAAGCAAUCCAAACCUCAAAAGGCUCAGGGAAAGAGCAAGAAUGCAAAGGCCCCGAGCCUGAAAAGUGCUUCAGCAGCUGCGGUGACAGAGAUCAAUGAUGGAAAAGAUUUCGAGAGAACAUCUACUUCAAAUGGUUCAGUUGGUUUGAAUUCACGCCCAACACAGCCUAGUAAAAGCAGAUCAUUCAAUGACAGACAGGCUCAAUUAUCUAAGCAAUCUGGAAAGUCUGUUGCAGCACUGUCGGAAGGCCUUGUAGAUAAGACAAAACCGAAGCCCUUGAAAAAAGAACCUGGUGGUAAAGCUGAUGACACGGAACCUUCCUCUAAAAGUCCCUCAGGAGGAGAUGCCAAAUCUCGGAAGGCCGCUGCACUUCCAAACUAUGGUUUCAGUUUUUGGUGUGAUGAACGAGCUGAGAAGCGGAAAGAGUUCUAUUCUAAACUUGAGGAAAAGAUUCAUGCAAAGGAAGUAGAGAGGAAUAACUUGCAAGCCAAGUCCAAGGAAACACAAGAAGCUGAAAUUAAGAUGCUUAGGAAGAGUUUGGCCUUUAAAGCAACCCCCAUGCCAAGCUUCUAUCAGGAGCCUCCGCCUCCUAAGGUAGAGUUGAAGAAGAUACCACCAACAAGAGCUAAAUCUCCCAAGCUUGGCCGAAGGAAGAGCUCUGAGACUGAAGGGAACAGUAGCAGUGAUAGAAUAGGCAGGCUAAGUUUGGAUGAGAUAGUAGUCACGGAAAAUCCUGGCAAAACUCUCAUCCAUCUGAAGAAGCCACAACGAAAGUCUCUCCCUAGACUACCUUCUGAAAAGACUAAUUUUUCCAAACCAGUUGCAGAAAAAACCACUUCAUGUAAAGCUAAACAUGAGAAAAAUACCACCUUGCUCGACACAACAAAUGAAGAAGAGACCACCUUGGACAAUGCAACAAAUGAAGAGAAGAUGGAUAUGUCUGCUGCAACAAAUGAACCUCCAUCUAACACUCGAGAGCCGGGGGCAGCUCCCACAGCCGAGCCAAGUGAAACUCAAGUGUGUAAAGAUUACGGGAUGUUGGUUGAAGAGCAGCCUCAACCCACCUUGAUUCAAGAACCCACACAAUAGGAGCAUUAAACAAAAUGCAGCAGUAGAAUGAGAUGUGCAUUAAUGGAGAAGCUCUCUCUAUUUCCUGAAAAUAAGAGGGUAUAAGACCUGAAUUAUUUGACGAUGAAAGAAUGAAGGAUUUAUGCAUUAUGGUUUGUAAUGUCGUCUUGUCCAUAGUCAGCAGCAUUGGUUAUUUUGUGUGCUUGCUUUUAAAGUUGCUGGUCUUGUCAUUAAAGUUUGCAUUCCAGCUUGCAGCACUGUAUGUAACUAUUUGUGAGGUUGUUUUCAUUUGUAAGUUUAGCAUCAGUUUCCUCGUCUUUGGAAAUGUUUUU